UGAUCAAGCUAGAGAGAGAAAGAGAAGAGAGAGAGAGAGAGGGAGAGAUAAAAAUGGAUGUAGUGACGUUCGGCAUCAUUGUCGGCAUAAUCCUCCUCUUCUUAGUGGCCAUUUGCUACAUCACCAUUCAGGGCACCUGCAAAUCCGCUUAAUCCUUCUUCUACCUUCUCUCCAAUCCAACCAUUUACUACUCCCUCGAUCCUCCGCCCCGCCCGGAUUCUCCUUUAUUCAAUCUCCUUCUCACCCUCUUCACAACAUGCCCAACCGGAAUCUUCUUCUCCUCAUUUCUGCUUCUCUUCUUCUCUUAGGGUUCCUUUUGGAUCUCACCUUUGCGCACGCCUCCCACGGGCAUCACCAUUGUACCCAUGCCCACGGAGACCACUCCCACGCCCACGACCAUCACCAUCACGAUCACCAUCACCAUCGGCAUGGGGAGGAUCUGUCCGUUCGGUCCAAGCUGCUGCCGGAGGAGCUGGCGGAGGAGGAGGAUAUGAAGCUUUUUGGGUUUGGCAGACCCUAUAUCAAUGUUGAUCAUCAAAGUGUUGAAUCUUCCGAGCUCUCUGGUUUGGAUCUUUGGGUUCGUGCAUUGGGCUGUUCACUGUUGAUUAGCAUGGCAUCUCUUAUUUGCCUAGUACUCCUUCCAGUGAUUUUUGUUCGAGGCAAACCAUCCAAAGGAAUCGUCGACUCAUUGGCACUAUUUGGGGCAGGGGCUAUGUUAGGGGAUGCCUUUCUCCAUCAGUUGCCUCAUGCAUUUGGUGGUGACAAGCACUCCCACUCGCAUGCUGACCAUCAACAUCAUGGUCACUCAGGAGAAAACCAUUCACAUGCUCAUUCUUUGGAAGAUCUUUCUGUAGGAAUAUCUGUCCUUGCUGGAAUUGUCCUUUUUCUUCUAGUGGAGAAGGUAGUAAGGUAUGUGGAAGAUAAUUCUGCAGGAGGAAAUGAAUGGAGCCAUGGUCAUCACCACCACCAUAACAAUAAAAAAUGGAAGGAUGAUAGCGAUUAUCAUGACACCACUGAUAAAAAAAGCAAGGACAAACUGGAAUUGGAUGCAGUGCCAAAUAACUCGAAAGAAGAUAAGGUUAAUCCACAGAGAUCCAUCCCUCAGAAGAGAAUUGGAAAAUCUGCUUCCAGAGAUGUUAAGCAAGAUCUAGAUGCUGCUAAUGGCACCACUGCUGACGUCAAAACAUCACAAGAAUUCCCAGCUAAGACACCGUCAAAUUUAGUGUUUGGUUAUCUCAAUCUCUUCUCAGAUGGCGUUCACAAUUUCACUGAUGGGAUGGCCUUAGGAAGUGCUUUCUUACUAUAUGGAUCAGUUGGUGGGUGGUCCAGAACUGUGUUUCUGCUUGCACACGAGCUCCCGCAAGAGAUUGGCGAUUUUGGUAUUUUGGUCAGAUCCGGUUUCAGUGUUGUCAAAGCCCUUUUCUUCAACUUCCUCUCAGCACUCGUGGCUCUUGCAGGAACUGCAUUAGCACUGCUAAUGGGGAAGGAUCCAGGACACUCAUCUUUGAUCGAGGGCUUCACCGCUGGUGGCUUCAUAUACAUUGCGGUUGCUGGAGUGCUAGCCGAAAUGAAUAGUAACAGUAAACCAACAGUAAGAACAACCGCGCUUCAAUUAACUUCACUUGUACUGGGAAUGGCUGUCGCGCUUGGUAUUUCACUUGUUGAAUAAAUCAGAGUACAUUUAGGUGGGCUCUAUGUGUUCAUAGCUGUACUUGGCUCCCCGCAUAUACACACUGAUUAAACUAAAUAUGUUCAUAUUUGAUCCAUUUUUGUAUCUGUUUAGUAACCAUCAAUUAGUGUAGUUCGAAGGGAUGGCAAUUGAAAGAUACAGCCGUUGAUCUUAUAAUGGGAGACUCGCAGAUCUGUGUUCUUUUGCAAGAUU